AUGCCUUUUUAUGCUGUUUGCCUCGUUUUUGUCAAUCGUCCAGGUAAUUUUUCUGAGGCAACUCAACGAAUGAAAUGGCAUUCUUUGGUUGCUGAUUUUGAAGCUUUGCCUUCUUCUGUUGGAAGCUUUUCAACAAAAUUUUGGUUAAGAGAUUAUGAACAAUUUGUGGAAUCUGAUAAUAAUGAUGAGUCUGCGCCUUUGGAUGAUUUAGUUUCUUUUGAAGGAAUUACUCCCGAUGAAAGACGUAAAAACGAAUUAACAGAAUUUUUGGAAUGGCCAGAAUUUCAAUUUUGGAAUGGAUUUAUUCAACUUAUUCGUCCAUUUAAUUCUUCAGAACCACAAUUAAAAAGAUUUUUCUUUAGUACAGCCUCUUUUGGAGAAGAAUUAAAAGAAUGGUCGAAAAGAGAGGAAUUACUUGAACAUUGGAGAAGAGUUGCUGAUUCGUAUCCAGAAUUGGAAGUUAGUGUUUUUGAAGAUGAAGCUAAAUUUCUUGAUUUAAUCCCUACAAUGAUCCCUCAAACAUUACAAUCAACAAUUUGUACAUUAAUUUGUAUGUUUUUUGUUUGCCUUCUUUUUAUGAAAAAUAUUCCUUCUUUGGCCAUUUCUAAUUUUGCCAUAUUUUUUACUUGUAUUGGUGUUUUUGGUAUUCAAUCAUUAAUGGGUACUGCACUUGAUCCUAUUUUUAUGAGUGCCGCAAUAAUGUCUAUAGGAUUUUCUGUAGAUAUACCUGCACAUAUUGUUUAUCAUUUUUAUAAAACUGGAGUUUCUGAAGGAAAUGAAAAUAAAUUGAUAAAAAAUGUUGAAGAACGUUUACUUGAUUGUUUGGCUUCGAUUGCCUUUCCAAUUCUUGAGGCGGGACUUUCUACUUUGAUUUGUGUUAGCUCUUUGUUUUUAGUUGAUUUGCAUAUGGCCCGUGUCUUUGCCCGUACAAUGACACUUGUUGUGAUUAUUGGACUUUUACAAGGUCUUUUAGUUAUUCCAACAAUGCUUUGCCAAUUUUCCCGACAAAAAUCUUUACAAAACAAUGAAAAUAUUAAUAAUAAUAAUAAUGUUGCUCCAAUAGUUCUUGCUGUCAAUGAAUAG